AUGACCGAUCAAACCUCGAUGCCAGACAACAUUCGAUCAGAUAUGGUUGAGAUAGCUGCUGGUUUUCUACAGAAUCCGAAGAUUGCCAGUGAAGAUAUGGAAAGAAAACGUGUAUUUUUACAAAAGAAGGGUCUGACGGAUACUGAAAUCAAUCACGCUUUUCAACGUCUACCGUCGCAAGAGACAAUAGAACAAAGCAAUCCAAAGCAACCAUCAUCCUAUUUAUAUCGUUUUGUGAAAGAUGUAGCUAUCGCUGGGCUUCUCGUAUUUCUCAUACAACUAAUCAAACGCUCGUUUCGUUCAAAUCAACCGAACGAAUUGCAAGAAACCAUAAAAAGUCUUCAAAAGACCAUUGAAGAUAUGCAAACAAGCGUUGUUAAACUUGAGCAAGCAUCCGAUCAAUUAGAUCUAAAGAUUCGAACAUCGAAUGCUCAUCCGUCCUCGUCAGUCAUCAAUGAAAUUAGACAAGAAGUUCAAUUGCUCAAAGAAACUUUCCUAAAUCGAUCACAGUUCCCAGCGAUCCCAUCGGUUCGACCGAUCGCUUCUCGUGUAACGAAUUCCACGCUGACAGAUAGUGAGAAUGAUGGUAUUAUCAUCAUAUCUGAACACGAUAAAAAGAGUGACGAUGAAAAUCUUCCAUCAACCGAUUAUUGA